UGCGCUUUUCACUUUCUAUUUCAUUCAACAGAAUGCUCUCGCGAAAACCAGCAAAAACAUUUGCCCACUUUUGAAAAUAUUUUCUAAUUUCAAGGUCUUCCUGGAUAACAUAUUAAAGGCUGUGGAAAGAUCCCAACAGGCCAAAAAAGUGGACCCGCGAUUUAAAUAGGUGACAAAAUUUGACCUGCUCAUGCUAGAAUGCCAAGCAAAAAGAAGAAAUACAACUCUAGAUUCCCCCCGGGAAGAAUUAAGAAAAUAAUGCAAACGGAUGAUGAAGUGGGCAAAGUGGCACAAGCUGUUCCUGUCAUCAUCUCAAGAGCACUGGAGUUGUUCGUCGAGUCCCUUUUAACCAAGGCAGUGCAAAUCACCACUGCCAGGAAAGCCAAGACUUUAACUCCUUCACACAUGAAACAUUGCAUUUUAUCGGAGAGUCGAUUCGAUUUUUUGAAAGAAUUUGUAAAGACGGUACCUGACUUGGUGGGGGACACCGAUGACAUUCCAGGGUCAUCCAGCUCCUUCACGACCCUUGAGGAAUUGGCCGCUCCUCCUACCCUAACGCUUCCCAAUGGUGUGCACAUCACGGUCAGUCCAGGUGACGGCGCUGCUGCGGCCGUCUCAUCUGCCCAAGUAGAGUCGCAAUCACCAGUUCCACCCUUGGCCCCGAUGCCACCAUCGCUAAUACCUGCAGUGCCUCCCCUGAUAUACUACCCUCAGGCGUCUCCAGUCAAAAGCAUAGCAGCGUCCGCAGCGUCAACGUCUCCCUCUCACCUGGAGAUCGACGAGGAUUACGAUGCUGUUUGAACAAAAGACUUUUGGACACAAUCAAUUCUCACCAAUGCCAAACCUGUGUAUCGCAAGAUGGUUUUUAGCAGAAAUUUGGUUUCAUCAGUUCGUGGUAAAGACACAACACAUGACCCCGGUGAUUUUUGGCCAUGUCAGCAUUGGCACACCAUCAGUUUAGCAUGAUGAUCGUUGCACCCAUUCCAUCUUGAUUUCAAAAACGAUUUAUUUUAACCGCGCUUUAAAAAUGCAGUGUAAAAUGUAUAAUGAUGUACUCUGGCUCCUACGCAAUGCAGUUUAAACCAGUAAUAAAUUAUUUUGUAGGAUUUCA